UAAUUUUUGUAAGAAUUAAAAAAAGAAGAGUGAGUUGAACCGAGAUUAAAGUUAAUCUACGUUGGUGGAAUCGGGCAUAAGUGUUGAAUUCUUCGGUGUCGGAUUCUUUGAUAGAGCUAAAGUACUUAAAGCAAUUAUCAGCAGUAUCUACAACGGUUAAAUAUACUACAAUAUUCUAGCUGAUACAGCUGAAGGCGUAUUUAGCUAGGGUACAACGACGAGUGAUUGUAAGCUCUUCUAGGUUAUUUUUCAUAACCAUAAACGUUACGAGAAACUAGCGCAUAAGAUGGAUCAAAAUAUUAGAACACCUUGCUGGGUGCGAGGCGGCAGGAUCGAAGAAAUAGUUUGGAUCGGCAAGGAAGUGCUCGCCUGGUGCAGCGGCUUAUACAUCGUGUUCUUUCACGUUAUCAAGAAGCAACAGACACUGCGUUGGUGCUGGAACAACGCAACCGGAGACGGUGCUCACUGCAUAUCGGGUCACGUGUCCUCGCCGAUUUUCGCCUUCUCCGAAAGAUCUCUGAAUCCGCGCAUUUUUAUCCUCGCGUAUCCCACGAUGACGAAGAUUUGCGAGUGUGUCCAAGGAUGCCCCAGCGGUUAUUUGGCAAUCGCGUUCACGUCUCAUGAUUAUCUCGUGUCGUUAGGCUCGUAUCCGGAUUUCCCCAUGAUUAUAUGGUUUUGGAGAACCGGCGAGAAGAUUGCGAUCGUGAACACGCCUAUACGCGACGAGGUCGGUCAGAUAAUUAGAAUAACUCCAAUGGGACGCACUGUGAUCGGUCAAAUGGGAAAGACUUGUGGAAAAUUGCUUAUCUGGGAACUCGAUGUUGCCGGCAAGAUUGUCAUUUUAAAAGAUCACGAAGUGAAGUUGCCGAGGGAAGCCAAGAUUCAUGGAAUCGAUUGGUGUCCCGUACCGAACGAUCCUUUAUUGGCUAUCGUCGAUUUGGACGGUCACAUAUAUUUGAGCAAUUACGACGGCACUGAGGUUCGUCGCAUCGUCGUCUCGCAACGCUGCGGAAUUUGCGUAGACAUCGAGCUGCCGGCCGUAUGCUGGUUUCGCGGUGGGAUUAUUCUCAGGACGACCUUCUGUCAAAUCCGCUAUUUCGAGAGAGAGCCGAAGACCAACGUCUGGUGCAAGCAAUGGUACGUCAAGUCGGUCUACAAGCCUCACAUCUUGGUCACGCAUCCCUUCAAGAAUGAUUGGCUCUUUUAUUACACUCUCGAGGGCCACUUGAUGCAGAUUGCCUUCAGAGAGAACAAAGGCACCACGUUGGUGAUCUACAGGCAUUUGCAUUCUGGCGGCAGAUAUCACUUCGUUGAUUUCCUGCAUCCUUGGUGCCAUCAUCUCGCGGUGACGGACGAUCUCAAGGAGCUGACCGUUCUCGAGAGCUACAACGGCAGCGAGGUCUCCAAAGUGGAAUUCGAUAUCGAGGGCGUUAUAUCGGCUCAGGCUACACAUCCGGCAGAUCCGAUGAUCGUCGUUGUUAGCGAUCAGGGUGAAAUGAUAGUCCUGGGUGUCACCGAUCCGGAGCAACCAACGAUACUUGCGCACUUUCGUCUUCAGCAAGAGCCCUUGGAUCUCGUAAAAUUUUCUCGCUCCGGCAAAUACCUGAUCGCCGCGCAGAAGGAGACGGGCGACUGUUAUUGCAUAAGCCUGCGGCGCGACGGACCGUGGAGCGUGAUGGCCCGGCUGCGAGCGAGGAAGCGUCUCGCCGACGUGAUGCUGUACGACGAGGACGAGGAGACGCGUGGGAGCGUGAGAGUACUCGCGCUUCAAGCGAAGUACGAGCAUUUCUCGUCAGUGGGUCAGCAGUUUCUCGUGUACGACGUGUCGCACGAUCGUACGAUCGUCGACGAGGCCGGCGGCGCCGUGACGCUGCCCGCGCUCUUCUACGAAUUAUGUCACGCGCCCAAUGAUAAUCCGCGACUGCUGAUCGGCACACCUUAUCUCGAGCGGCGACUGCACGUGCUGAAGCUGCAGCGCGAUUUCAAGGACGUGACCUUGACGGACGUGGCGCUUACCGGUCAUCACGUUCGCCUCGCCCGCGUCUUCGCCGAUCGACGCUGGAUUGUAACGUGCGCUUAUGACGGACUGAUUGUUGUCCGUGACAAAACGGCGUGGCAGAUUGUCGCCGCGAUACCGGCGCAUCAUAGACUCGACUCGGGCAGCAGGAAGGCGAUCGUUAAUCCUGAGGGUGACGCGAUAGUCGCUCUUGGUCACGACGGUUCUCUCGUGUGCAUUCGUCAUACGAGUAAAAAGUACAGGAGAACGAAGGAUCGGCGAUCGGAACUGAAAGUGUCUAUCCGGUGGACGACUUGUACGAGAAGCAAAAGGAGAAGAUACUCUCCGAUUACGCUUCCCUGGACCCGGUGUCGUGCCUCGCUGACUCGAGUCAAAGAAAAAUUCCCAGCAGCCGGCGAAAACAAGACCUGGAAGGAGUGGCAGCAGAACGAACAGCUGAAGAAAGAGACGAUGCUCUAUGCCGCGGAGAAAGCCGCCAUUGCAAAAGACCUGGCAGUUUUGAAAGCUACUGUGAAGCAACUGCUCGACGCCAAUGAGACGCGUCCGGAGAUAGAGAGGCUGCCGAUAUCGGCAUUUGAUCUAAACUUGACGAGUCGCGAAGCGAAGCUGAAGGCGGCCGAGAAUGAGCGCGAGGAAGUUCGCGCGAAGCUGGAGUAUCUCUGCGCGUCGAUGGGAAGCGUGGCCGACUGGAUUAAGAGAACUUACUGGGAUACGCAGAUCGUAUUGGGUCGCUCGAUAUUCUCGUUUCACGGCGACACGGAGAUAACGAAUUAUCCGCUGACCGAGGAGGAGCCGUACUUCAAGGAUCACCUGCGCUGGGCGCAGUUCAGCAGAGAGUCAAUGAGCGGCAUCAUCGACGGCGAUACCUUCCAGCCGUGGCGCAUUUACACAGACGAGGAGCUUCAGACGGCGCUGAACAAGCUUGUUACGGUAUAUCACGAGGACGACAGACGCAAAAUGGACGUGUUCUUCGAAGAAGAGGAACGUGAGAUCGAUCCAGACGAGCUGGCGGAACUGAGGAUAUUCGAUGGCAUGACGACGCAUCGGUUCGUCGAGCAAUCGCCUUACUAUUACUCGCAGAUGGAGUCUUACGGGUUCGCGCACGUGACGCUGGACGAUCGUUAUCUGAUGCACGACUGCACCAAGCUCCAAGCUCACUUCAACAAACUCUUCGACGACAUGUACGCGGCGAAGGAGCAGGAAAUGAGCGUGAUACGUGAGAGAAACGAGAAGAUACGUCAUAUAGACUCCGAGCUGAGGAUAAUGUUCGCCGAGAGCGUGCCGCAGGUCCCCGUUGAUCCGCAGUGGCAUCCCAAGGAGAAUGUAGAGAGCAUUAUUCAAGUGUCCGACGACGAGGUCAAGGCGAGGCCGUAUGUGUCGCCGUCGCAGCAAGAAAUUCUAAACAGGCAAGCGGCGAAAGCGGAACGAAUGAAGCAGUUGUUGUUAGUCGACGAUUUUCGCGAACGCGCCUUGAUAAAGAUGAUGGACGGCGUGUUGGAGAUUCGAUGGGAGGACGUUAUCAAGAUCGAAGUACGUAAGCCCGCGUGUAUGCUGGAGAAACAGUCGGAACAAUACACGCCCAGCGACAUCGCGGCCGUGAAGAAGUACGAGGCGAACGUGGAGAUUCUCCGACAGGAGCGCGAACGUUAUAAAAGGAUACUCGAGGCAGAAUAUGCGAAGAUUAACGGACUUCUGCAGGACGGCAUCGACAAAUUUGACGCAAAGCUGAAUGAAUUUUUUCAGCUGAAGUUGAAAAUCGAAGCGGCGAUAAAUCAGUUGAAGCUGCGACACAUACGUGGCCGUAUACGAAAUCUGGCGCGAGUCGAGGGGGUGAGAGAGGACGACAGAGCGAAACAAGAGAUGUCCAAAAAGCGCGAAUACGAGAGCGUGCUGGAGGAGCAUCUGCGGAAGCUGCACGACGUUUACGAGAACAUGCUCGCGCAACACGACGAUCUCUGCGCUCGCGAGAAGGCGAUAAUAAAGAGAUUGCAACCGGAAUUCGCCGCAUUGUCGAAGACGAACGUCAAGCUGCUUAUGCAAGAGUACAAACGAAGACCGAAGAUGUCCCUGAAGAACGUCGCCGCCAGCGAUCUCGUAAAUCUCGCGAAAUAUCUCACAAGCGACACCAGUCCGACUUAUUUACCGACCGAAUGUGUAGAUUACUCAAAGAUCCUCGAGAGUCUCGACGCGAGACCCAACGAACUGCUGCAAUCGAUCGACGCGAGUUGCUGGGAUCACCUGAUUCAACUGCGUCGUCAGAAGAUCGUCGUGGAACUCAGGAUCAGAGCUCGACAACUGGAGAUAGCCGCCGUGGAGCGAACAAUCGCCGUGUUCGAGGAUAAAAUCGACAAGUGCAAGUCGAGCGCGAGUCUUCUGCGGGACCGAUUGAGGAGCGCGAGAGAUGAGCGGAUAAUACGCGAGCAGGAUACCGAGAUGCAGUUCGUGUUGAAAAGAGGCCAGGUGGAGCUGGAGCUGCGAGGUGAACGGCAGGACACGAUGGACGCCGUCUUGGUGCCGCGCAGCGAAAUCGAAGAGGUCAACGAGCACAUCCUCGCCGCAGGAGCGCGUAAAUUGAACGCUCUGAAACGUCUAAUUGACUUCCGCAACGGAACACUGUCGAUUGAGUGGGAGCACAGUUGCCUGAAGAUGCGCUUCAAGGAGCUGAAGGAGGAUCUCUGCUUCGUGAAGAACAUCAUGGCCACUCGCGACAUACGAGCCUACUUGAAGAAGAGGGCGAAGGGUCUGCGCGAUGAUAAAACCGCGGUGCGUCUCGAGAGAAAAAUCGAAAGCACGAAGGAAGUUUUGGAGAAAGCGUUGUCGAAGGAGGUGAGCAAACUGGACCACCUUCGGCAGAAAGUCACCCGCGCGAAGAAAAAGAAUGCCGAGCUCGAUCGUAUCGUCACGGAGAUGAACGUGGUGAGAUGGAAGCUGGAAUAUCAGCGCGACAUCACGCAGGAGACGAGGCAGCGAGAGCACACGGAACGAAAGAUGCAUUUGCUGAAACAGCGAUCCGAUUUGAUUAGGAAGCUGCAGGACAAUUACGUCGAGCUGCUGGAGCUGCAGACCGAACACAACUUGUUGAGACUACGAACGUAUCCUGCGUUGGGUGACUUUGAGACGUUGGAUGAUAAGGUCUGUACUGCCAUCUGGCGACGCAAUCGCCGGCGCGUUGUACGACGCAGUUCGGUUUUCACCGCGGAGGAAGCGACGGCAAUCGACGCGGAGGCGGUGGAGGCGGCGGCGGCGGCGGCAAUGGCAUCCGUGACUGGACACUGCAUAUGAUUUCACGAUCGCUACAAUCGCCAGCCGGAAGAGGAAUAUUCGAUAGCACCUCGGCGACUCUUGCUGGCCGGAGAGGAGAUUUCGCAGGAUGACGCGCGACUCGCUCGCGAGUUCUCGAGGGACAGAGGGAGACGGACGAGGAUAUAGAGACCUUAAGGUACAAUGCGACGCCUGUGGGUAGCCAUUGACAGAAACGGCCGUGUCAUCCCAGCCAUGAUACACCCCAUUGUGCCUCCAAAGGACCUUCUGGAGACUGCAUUAUCGUUCCUAUAUCUUUUUAUUAGACCGCUGGUCCUGAUUUCUCUCCUCCCCUCCGGCCCCCGUUUCUCGCUUUACCGGAGGAGACGCGUAUGCGCGAGAGACGAUGCUGCCGGGUAUACACUCGACACGCACACAUACACACACCUCGCGAUGCGUCAGCAAGAAAUGGGAGCUGUAUCUCCUCUCUCGUUCGAGACGCGGUGCAGCACUGCGAGAGCGUAAUUAAUUUCGUCGGCUCUCGGAUGCGGGGAAUAGGAAUCGAUAUCGAAGAUCACCGGGAAAUGAUGAUUUCAAAUUGAACACAAUUGACUUUCCUUCGAAUGGAGUACCACAAUGUAUGUAGAUACAUUAGAAGUCAUGAUGAAAUAGCGAUAGUCACAUGGCGAUACUCAUUAUGCGUUACAAAAUAUUUCUUUCGUUCUAUAUUUUAUUUGAAGAAAGUUUCUUUAGAUAUUGUAUAUUUGCGGAAGCUUCUUGAAGCUUACGUUAGAUUUGUCGUCACACACAUGAAUGAAAUCACAAUUGGUUUGGGAUUUUGAGAUUAUUUUUCAAAAUGUUGCGUUAUUCGAAUUGAUCGCAACGAAAAGAAAUCUUUUCUAUGACAAUUACAAUCAACAUGAAUAUUGUCGACAGUAUAUUAUUGCACAGCCGCGUGAGAAUUAUGCUGCGGAUUUCACACUGACAACACGUAUUUGCGAUGGCAGUAAUAUUAACGUCGCGGAGGAUCGAUUGGCGUGCGACUUUUAACCGGAGAUUAGGCGCUACGAGGGCUCAUCGCGAAGUUCACGAUGAUGAUGCAGCGUGCGGUCGCAAUUACGGCCGAGAAUCCGGCAAUUAUGCCGCGCCGUCGAGUGCAAAGGUGACACGCUAACGGCGGAGUGAUUGAUUCUAGCGAAAACGCGAAUCAGGGAACAAUUUGUCAAGCCGUCGACGUUCCAUCUCUCGCAACACGGCCACGCAGCGUGAAGAUACCGAUCUCCUUACUUCGCGCGCGCGCACGCGCUUACCUUCCCGGCUCCUUCGCCGUCCGUUCGAUACCUGGCAUCGAUACCGCGACUGCAUCGGCGGCCGCCGGCGAUGUAAUGCCGCCGCCCCGUGCGAUUUUCGAGUUACGCGCGCGAUCGCGAAUGGACAAUGCAUUUCAGCGGGACGUGGCCGCCGCAAAUCGCACGCUUCUCGGGCGCGAUUUCGCGCGUGGGAACACGCGGGAAAGGUCGACCGGAUCUCGAAGACAACACGAGUCUCCCUAUCCGCGGAUCGACAAUGCGCGAAAGGAGCGGAAAAAAGGGCAUACGCGCGCCUAUCGAAGCGGCAACCGAAGCGCUUUUCCAUAAGCAUCGACAGCCGCUCAUUCGACCAUUAUCGCCGUCGCUGCGAGAUAGAAAGGCUGAUUUAGACGCGGAAUCGUACCUAUUGGCGCACCUCGUGCGAGCAAGGGAAACACCCUGCCCACACGCGCGGUGCUGCGAACAUUUGUUUGGAUUUCACGAUGAGGUGUGUCUCGAGAAAAGGGGGAUUGUUCUCUUUUCCAGCGCUGGGUGAGAAAACGCAACUUUCGCAGGAUGGUAUACUUGCGAAAGUUUAGAUUCUUAAAUUGCAAAGAAUAAUUUUUUUACGCAAAGAUAUUUUCGCAAACACAAAGGAUAUAUUGAAUAAUUUCAUUUUAAUUUCUGUUAAAAAUUAUUUCUUUUCAACUCUGUUGUUCGACGCAAAUUAUUCCGAAAUUAUGAUUUUUAUUAAAUUUACUGCAACAACUAAACACGUUUACAAGAAAGAUAUCGAUUUAAUUGAGGAAUAUUUUCAAAAAGGCGAAAGUUAAAAUCAUCUCGUUUGAAGUUUCCCUGAAAGAGUUUUUUUUCUUUCAUUUCUUCGAUCGACCACGAUGCUGCGCAUUAUCCGGAGAUUGUAAAUCGCGUUAAUGAAAUCUACGAGGCCGCCGACGUAAUGAAAGCUCGCGCUGUUAAUCGCGCCGCGUAACAAACGCUCACGCGGCACGCAUACGUCAGUCCGGGAUCGUUAUCUGUUCUCGCUCUACCCCGGUGUCAAGAAGUUAGUCCUCUCUCUGGGGGUUGCCGAAAGAGAAAGGCAUAAAGACAGGAGGGUGGUUAGCUCGCACCGGUGUUUUUGCUCCCUCUUAUACCGCGCCGGAACACCCCCCGUUGUCUCACCGGCGCCCGAUCUCGCUAUCUCGAAUCCCGUUUAUUAAAAAACACAAUUUGAAAGAUCGGCCACUAGCUCGCGUGGGACUCUUGAUUGGAUUUUAUGAUCCCGGCAGCUGCUCCGCCCGUAUCUUCGUGACGAGUCCUUCGCGCGACACAAGCGAGAUUGAUCGUAAACAAAACGCUUCUUCGCUGGCUUUAUGAGCUCGUUUUUAUAUAUCGACUGAGAAUUGCGAAAUUAAGACGCGCAAAAAAUGCCCUAUUCGCGACGUGAGACAAUAAAUCAGAAGCGUUUUUGCACACUAUCAGAUUUUUCGAGUUUAAAUUAUAUUUCCUUUUUUUCUGAAAAA